AUGGAUCACCUGAGGGUCGAUCCGGGGGGCUUCCAGAUUCCUGGAAUGCACCCGCCGCCCAUGACCAACCAGCCGCCCCAGAUCUUUGGGCAAUACCUUCACGAUGGCAUGUCCGUGCUGCCGCCGGAGCUGUCCAUGGCGUUCGACCCCACGGCGCUGAUGGGUGACGACCAGGAGGCAAAGAGGAGGAGAAUAGCCCGGGCUUGCGACAUGUGCCGGAAAAAGAAGAUCAAGUGCGACGGCAAAUUGCCCGCGUGUACGCAUUGCAUCAACUACAAGACGGAUUGUGUUUUCACUCAGGUCGAGAAGAAGCGAAGUCCACCGAAAGGCGCCAAAUACAUCGAAGGCCUAGAGAACCGCUUGGGCCGCAUGGAGAGCCUGCUCAGACUUGCUGGACUUCUCGGAGAGGACGAUGAGGAUACCGACCUCGGCACUCUCGAGAAGCGCCUGGCAGAGAAACGUCAGCAGUCAAGACAGCCAUCGCAGCCUGCCUCCAACCCAACCUCGCCCUCCCAAGCUACUUCGGGCCAAGAUGGAUCGGGCUCGACACCUCAGAGCGCGCUUACCUCCCCCGAGCCAGCCAAAGAUGAGAAGACGAGGCACUCGUCCGUACCACCCGAGAAGAGCGAAGAGGAGGUUGAGGCUCUCUCAGAAAUGAUGUGCUCGCUGGUCACAAACCAAUCCGGAGAGACCAGAUACUUUGGCUCUUCAUCGGGUUUCUCUAUUUUCUCCCCGAAGGGUAUUUCAUGGGUCAACGAGAAAACAGGAGACAAUGCAUUCCAGAGCAUGAUCUCGGAGGUUUCUAUUGACGACCACAGGUGGACUCGCUGGCGGCCCGAGAUCUUCGCUGAUGUCUUCCGCCGUCCGGUUUACAUCCCCUUACCGCCAAAACCCGAGGCCAUGUCACUGCUCAAGGACUACUUUGAGAACUUCAACUGCAUGUUCCCAUUAUUCCACCAACCCACCUUCAUGCACCUGGUAGAGAAACAAUACUCGAAUGAGCCCUACGAAGGUUCGGGCUGGUGGGCGAGCUUGAAUGUUGCUUUGGCAACAGCUCACCGUCUGAGGGUUAUGAGCAAACUCGUCCCCGAGGAAGAGGAUGACAAGGCUUGGGCAUACAUGAAGAACGCCAUGGGGGUUUUCACCGAAUUAACAAUGCGCAACACGGAUCUUCUCAGUGUCCAGGCCUUGCUGGGCAUGGCAAUGUUCAUGCAAGGGACGCCAAACCCACAGCCUUCGUUCCUUCUGGUCGCCGCAGCUAUCCGGCUGAUGCAUAGCAUUGGGUUGCACAAGCGUGGCAGUGGAUUCAACCUGAAUCCCAUCGAGAUUGAGCAGAGGAAACGAGUCUUCUGGAUUGCGUAUACUCUGGACAAGGAUCUGUGUUUGCGCUCAGGCAGGCCACCUGCCCAGGACGAUGACGACAUGAAUGUUGAGCUUCCGGAUGCGGAUCCGGCAGACAACAUUGGCAAUAUCCCUCUCGCGGAUGGAAAGGGCAAGAUGAACUUGUUCCGGGUCAUGUGCGAGCUGACGACUAUUGAGAGCCGUGUUUACAAGCGACUGUACUCGACGAAGGCCGCAAAACUCUCCGAGGGUGAGCUUCUGCAAACAAUCGGAGAGCUGGACAAGGAACUUGAAGACUGGAAGGACAACAUCCCAAUUGACUUCCGGCCAGAGCAUGAGAUCAAAGCCUCGCAUACACCGCUGAUUCUGCAUGUGGUUAUGUUGCAUUUCGCAUACUACAACUGCCUGACGACGAUUCACCGGAUGUCUGUCCACAGGGGUUACUGGACGAGUCGUCUGUCCAACUUUGCCAUUCAAGGUUUAAAUGCAAAGCCGUUAAAUCCGAGAGUCUUUGCUUCUGCCGCACUGUGUGCUUCCGCGGCACGUGCGACCAUCUCCUUGCUGAAGUACAUUCCACAAGGUGAUAACCAGUGUGUCUGGCUUAUCCUUUACUUCCCUGUCAGCGCUCUGAUGAGUCUGUUUGGGAAUAUCCUGCAAAACCCGUUAGACCCGAGAGCGAGAUCGGAUACGAAGUUGAUGAACAUCGUGGUGACAUUCCUGUCAACGCUUGGCCAGGAGGCUGAGACAGGCGGUGUCCACAGAAUGCUGGGAGUGUGCGCAGAAUUUGAGCGCAUUGCGAAAGUAGUGAUUGACAAGACUGAGAAGGAAGGAUCCAAACGCAAGAGGAGGACGCAAGACCCGCCCAGGCCUAUCAACCCGCCGAAUGCAAGCUCGCAGCAGAACGCGACACCCCGGCCGACAUCUUCUCAAGCAACACCAACUCCGCACUUCAACCAGCAUUCCAUGGCACAGCAACAGGGUUCCCCUGGCAUGAAUGGACAAUCGGGCUCGAACUACCAUAGCCCCAUGAACACCGGGAGCUCUGGCAAUGGCCAGGCACCCCGGGACGGGCAGAACGCCUGGCCACAGGAUUAUCCCAGCACGGGACCGAUCUACGAUACGCCUGACUUCAACAACUUCCAUGAUCUGACAGGCUUCGGACAGCCGAUAGCUUCACCUCCGAUGCAGAAUGCGAAUGUGCCGGGUGGCUUCCAGCAGCCGUUGUUACCGCAGGAUUUGUGGCAGCUGCCUAUGACCUUGGACUGGGACUGGGCAGAGAUUAGUGGCGGUGCCUACCCCGGAUUCGAGAAUGGUAGCACGAUGCCCAAUGGCGGUUGA